UCUGCGUUCAAAUCAUUAAGGCUGAUUUCAAAAAUGCUCCCUUUUUUUACCUUUUCACCUUUCACAUCUUAGGUCUAUAUGUGAGUAGAAAUACAUACAUUCGAGCUGGAGUUGCAGAGUGGAAGAUUACCAAUCCAGUUCACAUUGUUUGCUACUUCCGCUACAUUAGAUUUUAUCCAUCUGGGAGAUUUCUUUACAAGAACUCAUCUCAAAAGGUCAAGGAGGUUGUAAAAUAUAUGAACUUUCGAGCAUCUAAAACAGACUGUGUUUUUAGUGGCCAUUACACUUUGUUAGAUGACAAGGUUGAAGCUGCCAUUCUGUACCCGGGCAUGCGUCCUACAGUGUUGAGAAUUCGCUUAAGGGUACGAGGAACAACUGCAGGGGCUAACAACCGAAUGGAUUUACUCUCACUUGUUACAAGUGGUGUGAAUGAUAGUGAGGUCAGAAACAGCUCUGAUGAGGACAUUCUUGAAUUGGUAGAAGGAUGGCAAGAUGAUGAAACUCACAACCCAGAUGUGCCUGCAGUCUCGCAUAAGAGGGGUUUAACCCCAUUUGUCUUCGUUCCAUUUGAAGAGGUACAUUUCUGUUUUCUGGUUAUCUUGUUUCACUAGUCUCUAAAUAUGCGAGAACAUCCAUUUUCAAUUAUGCGAGAAUGUAAACAAAUCAUGGGAGCAAAACACCUUUUCCCUGGCCUUCGCAAA